GUCUCUUACUAAUACGUUGCGGUCAGUUAGCCAAUUGUACGCUGUCUUUUUGAGGGGGUGAAAUACGGUGGCGGCAAUGUUAUGGAGUUUCCGCUGCCUCUCUGCUUUCAUGCCAUCAGGACAGGACGCUAACGCAGGAGCUAAGCUAGAGUCCAGUUAGGCCUCUGUCAGAACAACGAGGGAGACGAGACCAACAUUUCUUUAUGAAUCUACACGAGAACAGUUAAAAUAACAGAAAUAUGGUGGUUCUCAAAAUUCGAGACCAGCCUCCUUUGCUGAAAGCCAUUUUCAAUGUGGACCCAGAUGACGUACGCUCUCUCAUAUUCAAAAAAGAGGAUGUGAAUGUGCAGGAUAACGAGAAGCGAACUCCGCUGCAUGCUGCUGCCUAUCUCGGAGAUGCAGAGAUCAUAGAGCUACUGAUUCUUUCAGGUGCAAGAGUAAAUGCCAAAGAUAGCAAGUGGCUGACUCCUCUGCACAGGGCUGUGGCCUCCUGCUGUGAGGAGGCGGUCCAGAUUUUGCUGAAACACUCUGCAGACGUGAACGCCAGAGACAAGAACUGGCAGACACCGCUUCACAUCGCCGCAGCCAACAAGGCGGUUCGCUGUGCCGAAGCCCUCGUCCCCCUCCUCAGCAAUGUGAAUGUAUCUGACCGAGCAGGCCGAACUGCUCUGCACCAUGCGGCCUUCAGCGGUCACUUGGAGAUGGUGAGGCUCCUACUCUCCAGAGGCGCAAACAUUAAUGCUUUUGACAAGAAGGAUCGUCGUGCGAUCCACUGGGCAGCCUAUAUGGGGCACAUAGAGGUGGUGAAGUUACUAGCUUGUCAUGGAGCUGAGGUUGCUUGUAAAGAUAAGAAAUCCUACACCCCCCUACAUGCUGCAGCCUCUAGUGGAAUGAUUAGUGUUGUGAAAUACCUUUUGGAUUUAGGGGUGGAUAUCAAUGAACCUAAUGCAUAUGGAAACACACCCUUGCACGUGGCCUGCUACAACGGCCAAGAUGUGGUCGUGAACGAGCUCAUCGACUGCGGGGCUAACGUCAACCAGUUGAAUGAGAAGGGUUUUGCACCUCUUCAUUUCACCGCCGCCUCUCGCCACGGGGCACUCUGCUUGGAGCUGCUGGUCUGCAACGGUGCCGACGUCAAUAUAAAGAGUAAAGAUGGGAAGACUCCGCUCCACAUGACGGCGAUCCAUGGGAGGUUUUCCAGAUCUCAAGCAAUCAUUGAAAACGGUGCUGAGAUUGACUGUGAAGAUAAAAACGGAAAUACGCCACUACACAUCGCAGCUCGAUACGGACAUGAGCUCCUCAUUAACACACUCAUCACUAACAAAGCUGACACAGCAAAACGAGGAAUUCACGGCAUGUUUCCACUGCAUUUGGCUGCUCUCAGUGGCUUCUCAGACUGCUGCCGAAAGCUCCUGUCUUCAGGCUUUGAUAUUGAUACUCCGGACGACUUUGGAAGGACAUGUUUACAUGCUGCAGCUGCUGGAGGAAACCUGGAAUGUCUCAAUCUUCUUCUUAACACCGGGGCAGACUUUAACAGAAAAGAUAACUUUGGGAGGACUCCUCUCCAUUACGCUGCUGCCAAUUGUAACUACCAGUGUUUGUUUGCUCUGGUGGGCUCUGGAGCCGGCGUCAACGAUCUGGACGAGCGGGGCUGCACUCCUCUCCACUACGCCGCUGCGUCCGACACAGACGGAAAGUGCCUGGAAUAUUUACUAAGAAAUGAUGCAAAUCCAGGGAUCCGGGACAGUCAGUGCUUCAACGCUGUGCACUACGCCUCUGCGUACGGACACCGUCUUUGUCUGGAGCUGAUUGCGAACGAAACACCCUUAGAUGUGCUAAUGGAAUCCUCAGGGACAGACACCCUGAACGAUUCUGAUGUCAGAGCUCCCAUCAGCCCCCUGCACCUUGCUGCAUACCAUGGUCACCAUCAAGCUAUGGAGGUUCUGGUGCAGACUCUGCUGGAUUUGGAAGUUAGAAACAGCCAGGGACGCACGCCCUUAGACCUAGCUGCCUUCAAAGGCCACGUGGAAUGUGUGGACAUUCUAAUCAACCAGGGAGCCUCCGCUUUGAUCAAAGACUUUGUCUUGAAGCGGACCCCCAUACAUGCUGCAGCUACUAAUGGUCAUUCAGAAUGUUUGCGCUUGCUGAUUGGAAAUAUUGAUCUUCAAAAUGUUGUGGACAUUCAAGAUGGAAAUGGACAGACCCCGCUGAUGCUGUCAGUCCUCAGUGGACACACGGACUGUGUGUAUUCCCUUCUUAACAAGGGAGCCAGCGUAGAAGCCAAAGACAAGUGGGGCAGGACGGCCUUGCAUAGAGGAUCUGUGACCGGUCACGAAGAAUGCGUGGAGGCUCUGCUUCAGCACAGCGCCAACGUCCUGGUGCGAGACCGUAAAGGGCGCACGCCGAUCCACCUGGCGGCAGCUUGCGGACACAUUGGGGUACUCGGAGGCCUUUUGCAUGCUGCCCAAUCAGUGGAAACACUGCCUGCCUUAACAGACAGCCAAGGCUACACCCCACUGCACUGGGCCUGCUACAAUGGUCACGACACGUGUGUGGAGGUUUUACUCGAACUGGAGAUUUUCCACAAGGCCGAAGGCAAUACUUUCAGUCCCCUCCACUGUGCUGUAAUCCGCGACAACGAAGCUGCUGCUGAGAUGUUGAUAGACACCUUGGGCCCCGCCAUUGUCAACGCCAAAGAUGGCAAAAGCAGGACCCCCCUGCAUGCUGCUGCCUACACCGAUCAUGUGGAGUGUCUACAGCUGCUGUUGAGCCACAAUGCUCAGGUCAACUAUGUCGAUGCCGCAGGGAAGACCCCGCUCAUGAUGGCCGCCGAGAACGGCCAGACCAACGCUGUCGAGCUGCUGGUGAGCAGUGCGAAAGCAGACCUCGCGCUACAGGACGCUGAGAAGAACACCGCUCUUCAUUUGACCUGCAGUAAGGGACACGAAACUAGUGCCUUGUUGAUAUUGGAGAAGAUUACAGACAGAAACCUCGUAAAUGCUACAAACGCCGCCUUACAGACACCUCUGCAUGUGGCUGCAAGAAAUGGGCUGAUUGUGGUGGUGCAGGAGCUGCUUGCGAAGGGAGCCAGCGUUCUAGCAGUCGACGAAAACGGUUACACGCCUGCCUUGGCUUGCACCCCCAACAAAGACGUCGCAGACUGCCUCGCUCUCAUCCUAGCCACCAUGAUGCCCGUGUCCCCCUGCACCGUGGCAUCCACCCUCCCCUUCAGUGCCGUUAACCACUACACCACCAGCCCCUCCAAGAGCGUCACCUUCGACAGCCUGCCCGCGUUGCGCGCCGAGCACAGCUCUUACUGCAGCUUCAACAACAUCGGCCAUCACGACGGCUUCUACAAGGACGAGGAGCUCAACGACUCCGAUUCGGAGACGUACUGAAGCGGACAGGAGAGGAAUGGCUCUAAAUGCACAAACGCAUACACUGUGUCUUAAUAUGAAAAAAAAAAAUAAAAUAAAUCAAUCACCCACCGCAAGCUUGGGAGGGCUUAAUAAAGAUGCAAGCCCCCAACAGGAAGCCUUAAGAGUCCCCACCAGAGAGCAAAGGAGGGACGAGGUGCAACAGGCUGGCCCAUGCUCAUCCCAACCUUUUCCAGCACACGGUGUCCGUUAGCCAAUGCCGGAGCUCAGUAACCACUGCUUUACCAACACUGACCUCUCCAGUGUUAAAAAACUGAACUUGUUGGGCAGACGGCAGCUGUUUUAAGGCAAUAACACGCUGAACAAAAGGUGCGCUUGCACACUACAGAGAGUUAAACCAACAGGGACCAAAAGACAUGGAUGAAUUUUAACUCCGUUUUAUCUGCGUAAACGGCAAAAAAAAAAAAAGACUUCAGGUGGUUUAUUGAUUAGGAAGGAUAAGAGAGAAGUUUUAGUUAAAAUCUGCAUACUAUAACCAUCAGAAGGACUUUUACGUUUUGUAAGUCACACAAGGGGGAUCAUUUAUUUUUCAAGAUCAAAAUUUUAAUACACCCAUUUUAAUGUCUUAAACUCAUUUUCCUCUAGGAAUCUGAUUCACUAACCUGAGUAAAUUUAAGACAUCUGGUACAUCCAACAGGUUAGUGUUCAGUCGAUCCACCUUUUUCCUUUGUAAAUUCACCUGUUUAUCACCGUUUAGAAUUUAAACAAUAAAUUAUUUGUACACUUUUUUUGCUUUUUGUUUGUUCGUUUUGUGCCUUCAUUAGUUACUGGACGUAUGGGUUUGUAGAGGCAGCUGUGAAGGCGUGCUUUCGGUGAGUAGGUCCACUGAUCUGGCACUGAGGCAUCUGUGACUCUGCUUUGCAAUGAGAAACACUGUAAACCAAUGACAGCAUUUUGGAAAGCAUUUGAUUUUCUUCUGAGUGACUUUUUUUUUUUUUUUUGGUUUUGUUUUAUCUAAUAUUAGUUUUGCUUGCUUUAACUUAAAAACAGAAACCACUCGCUUAUACCAGAAUGCAGAAAACUCAAGUUUUGUUCAAAAAUAUUUUAACUGGAAAUAUGUACAUUUGCUAGAAUCAAUAGAAUGGGAAGGAUUUUUAUUUUUUUUUCCUUGCUUUUUUUCUUGAAGAGGAAUGAAACUAGCAUGUAUAUAGAAAUUAUGACUGUGAAUUCAAAAUUCCAAUGAGUUCUUUCAGUACUGAGAUUGCUGUAUAUUUUAUGAGUAAUAAAUGAGUUAUUUAAUAAGGA